AAUGCGAUGGCUGGGGCGGGGUCGGGCGCCCUAUAAGUUGUCGAUAGGCGGGCACUCCGCCCUAGUUUCUAAGGAACAUGUCUGCGAGUCAGGAUUCCCGAUCCAGAGACAAUGGCCCCGAUGGGAUGGAGCCCGAAGGUGUCAUCGAGAGUAACUGGAAUGAGAUUGUGGACAGCUUUGAUGAUAUGAAUCUCUCUGAAUCCCUUCUCCGUGGUAUCUAUGCCUAUGGUUUUGAGAAGCCGUCUGCCAUCCAGCAGCGAGCCAUUCUUCCUUGUAUCAAGGGUUACGAUGUGAUCGCUCAAGCCCAAUCUGGGACUGGGAAAACAGCUACUUUUGCCAUAUCAAUUCUGCAGCAGAUAGAAUUGGACUUAAAGGCCACCCAGGCCUUGGUGCUAGCACCCACAAGAGAAUUGGCUCAACAGAUACAGAAGGUGGUCAUGGCAUUAGGAGAUUACAUGGGUGCUUCCUGCCAUGCCUGCAUUGGUGGUACCAAUGUCCGUGCAGAAGUGCAGAAAUUGCAGAUGGAAGCUCCUCAUAUCAUCGUCGGUACUCCAGGCCGUGUAUUUGAUAUGCUUAACCGUAGAUACUUGUCUCCCAAAUACAUCAAGAUGUUCGUGUUGGAUGAAGCUGAUGAAAUGUUAAGCCGAGGAUUCAAGGACCAGAUUUAUGACAUAUUCCAGAAGCUCAAUAGCAAUACCCAGGUGGUGUUGCUGUCAGCUACCAUGCCUUCUGACGUGCUUGAGGUGACCAAGAAGUUCAUGAGGGACCCCAUUCGGAUUCUGGUCAAGAAAGAAGAGCUGACUCUGGAGGGUAUCCGCCAAUUCUACAUCAAUGUGGAACGAGAGGAGUGGAAGCUUGACACACUCUGUGACUUGUACGAAACCUUGACCAUCACACAGGCCGUGAUCUUUAUCAACACCCGAAGGAAGGUUGAUUGGCUAACUGAGAAGAUGCACGCCCGAGACUUCACUGUCUCUGCCAUGCAUGGGGACAUGGACCAAAAGGAAAGAGAUGUGAUCAUGAGGGAGUUCCGCUCUGGCUCUAGCCGAGUAUUGAUCACCACUGAUUUGUUGGCCCGAGGCAUUGAUGUGCAGCAGGUUUCUUUAGUCAUCAACUAUGAUCUUCCCACCAACAGGGAAAACUACAUUCACAGAAUCGGUCGUGGUGGACGUUUUGGCCGUAAGGGAGUGGCUAUCAAUAUGGUGACAGAAGAAGACAAGAGGACUCUUCGAGACAUUGAGACCUUCUACAACACCUCCAUCGAGGAGAUGCCUCUCAAUGUUGCUGACCUCAUCUAAGAGGGGCUGUCCUGCUACCUAGCUCCAGCCAGGGUCCAAACCUUGAGGGGCUCAGAAGGAGCAGGAGGGGGGAGGGAAGGGAGCCAAGGGAUGGACAUCUUGUCAUUUUUUUCCUUUUUUUUUUCUUUGAAUAAAUGUCACUUUUUGAGGCAAAGAAGGAAACCGUGAACAUUUUAGACACCCUUUUCUUUGGGGUAGGCUCUUGCCCCAGGCGCCGUCUCCUCCCAAAAACACUAAUCCACUUCCCUAACCUAACCAGAGGCUCUCCCACCCCAGCUGAAUUCCUCUGAAAAUGUGUGGCUAUAUAAUGUCACUCAACCUCAUUUGCUGGACCAAAUCUGGAGGGAAAACCCUUAGGUGGCCCAGGGGACUGUACCCAGGUGGGGGGGGAGCAGGGGAGAAAAAUGGUAGCCAUUUUUACAUUGUUUUGUAUAGUAUUUAUUGAUUCAGGAAACAAAACAAAUUCUGAAUAAAAAUUACUUGGAAACUGCC